UGUCGCGGGAGGCGGUGUCCGCUGGGUCCUGGUGACGCAGGAGCGGAGCGUCUGCCGGCGGGUUUCCCGCGGGCAGUGGGCGCGUCCGACUCGCAGGGCCAGGGGUCCGCCCGAGGCGCGGCGGCCCUAGCGAGUGAGGACGCCCCCGGCCAGUGUAGACGCCCCCCUUCUGCGGUGUGGAUGUCCCCCGGCGGGUGUGGACGCCCCCCUUCAGCAGUGUGGACGUCCCAUGCAGUUGAGGACGCCCCCCGGCGAGUGUGGACGCCCCGCUGCGGGUGUGGACGUACCUCGGCGGGUGUGGAAGCUCCCUCUUCGGCCUGGGACAGAAGAUUGAAAAUGACAGCUGAGAACAUUCCUGAGGAAGAACUGUCCUGUGACAUGGAGGUGGAAGGAUUUACACGAGAGGGUCCUCAUUUCUCCAUUCUAGGUAACAGUUGGGACUGUGAGAACCAGGAGGGACAUUUGAGGCAAUCAGCCUUAACUCAGGAGGAACCAGGAGCUCAGGAAGCAAUUCGUGAAUAUCCCGGAUUUGGGGAGCAUUUGAGCGUGAGCCCAGACCUUCCACGACGUCAGAGAGUUUCCACAAGAAAUGGUUUCCAUGUACGUGGCUCAGGUGUUAAAAGCCUGGAUUGUGACCCAGCUUUACACAAUUGUCAGAAAAGUUAUGUAGCUAAGAGAACGGGUGACAGUGACACCUGUGGGAAAGCCUUCAACCAUUCCAUGGAAGUUAUUCAAUUUGGAAGAACUCAAACUAGAGAGAAACCCUAUAAAUACCCUGAAAGUGUUAAGUCUUUCAACCAUUUUACCCCUCUUGGUGAACAAAAAAUAAUGAAAAGAGGGAAGAAACUGUAUGAAGGUAAGGACUUUGGGGACAUCUUUACCCUCAGUUCAUCUCUUAAUGAAAACAGGAGGAACAGCCCUGGAGAAAAACUGUACACAUGUACUGAAUGUGGCAAGUGCUUCAAACGGAACUCUUCUCUUGUUUUGCAUCACCGAACUCACACUGGAGAGAAACCUUAUACCUGUAAUGAGUGUGGAAAAUCCUUCUCCAAGAACUAUAACCUAAUUGUGCAUCAAAGAAUACAUACAGGAGAGAAGCCCUAUAAAUGCAGUAAAUGCGGGAAAGCCUUCAGUGAUGGGUCAGCUCUGACGCAACACCAGAGAAUUCACACUGGGGAGAAACCUUACGAGUGUCUAGAAUGUGGGAAAACCUUCAACCGAAAUUCAUCCCUGAUUCUGCAUCAAAGAACUCAUACAGGGGAAAAACCAUAUAGGUGUAAUGAGUGUGGGAAACCUUUCACCGACAUCUCCCACCUCACUGUGCAUCUCAGAAUACACACUGGGGAGAAGCCUUAUGAAUGUAGCAAAUGCGGAAAGGCCUUCCGAGAUGGCUCAUACCUCACCCAGCACGAGAGGACUCACACUGGAGAGAAGCCCUUUGAAUGUGUGGAAUGCGGGAAAUCCUUCAACCGUAACUCUCACCUCAUUGUGCAUCAGAAAAUCCAUUCUGGGGAGAAACCCUAUGAGUGUAAAGAAUGUGGGAAAACUUUCAUUGAGAGUGCUUACCUCAUCAGGCACCAGAGGAUUCAUACUGGUGAGAAGCCCUAUGGCUGUGAUCAGUGUCAGAAACUUUUCAGGAACAUUGCCGGCCUCAUACGUCACCAGAGGACUCAUACUGGCGAGAAGCCCUAUGAGUGUAAUCAGUGUGGUAAAGCUUUCAGGGACAGCUCCUGUCUGACCAAACACCAGAGAAUUCACACUAAGGAGACCCCGUACCAGUGUCCAGAUUGUGGAAAGUCCUUCAAGCAGAACUCUCACCUGGCAGUACAUCAGAGGCUCCACAGCAGGGAGGGUCCCAGUCAUUGUCCUCAGUGUGGGAAAACUUUCAGAAGGAGCUCUUCCCUCAUCCGACACCAAAGAUCACACCCUGGAGAACAACCCGUGGAUAUUUAAUGAACGUGGGCCACGCUCAUCUUCCGACUGGCUCUCAAAAACCUAUGUGAGGGAGAAGUGUCUUCAGGGGUGGCUCCUCCCUGUCAGUGGAAAAGACUGCUCUGAGCUGUCCAGCAAACUGGUGGAUGUGAGACAUUCCUUAGCCAUCCUGUUAAGUCUAUACAUUAGGGAACUCUUGCAGAGGAUACAGGAUAGUAAUAAAUACGGCAAAGGCUUCAGGGAUGAUUCAGCCUGUACCAAACAUGAUAGUGCAUACACUGGAAUAAAACCUGAGAAAGUCAGGUAGAUACUUCCCUGGAGAACUCACCUAUCCGUACAUCCAGGUCCUUAAACUGGAAAGAGCCUGUGUAAUCGGGAAGAAGAAUCCUUUAAGAGGGAGUGUCUGCCUUACUGUACGUAAGCAAACUCUUACUGGAAUCCAGCGAGGGAAGCUGUCGGCAGGAGCCCUUGCUGUCUUAGCUGUGUAGCAAAGGCAUGCUGGUGAGAAACCCCACACAGUGCUCCAGCUCACAGCAACCACAGAAUUACAGCGGAUUGACAUUUGAAUGUAUUUCCGCGUUACAUUCCUGCCAGGUGCUGAGGACUCGUUUCAGCAGGGGCACCUGGGUGAGGAAGUCGCUUGUGAAUGAACAGUGAUGUUAUCCCUCUUAAUGUGGAGAACAAAGCAGGUUCUCCUAAGAAGGAAAGGGCUGCUGCUGAUAAAUAUGCGUUGCUUUAGUUGUUGAGACAAACAAACAGAAAAACACUGAGUUGUUAUGUUUACGUUGUCAUCCCUCAUUGUUCAUUUCAGACACUUGUGAUUUGUUCCAUGCAACCAUGCCAAACCAUGAUGAUAAAGGUUUUGUUGCCAUAUUGAAAACGCUUAUAAUAUGGCCGGCAACCAAAAGCAUAAAAUAGAAGAUUUGCCAUGUAAAGUGUGCACACAUACGGAUGUAGGUUGGGAGUUGAUCAUGGAGAAAUAAACAUGGGGUCUCCUAAGUGAC